AUGAGCUCCACAUCGCGCAUGAUCGAUGAACUGGCGGGUAUCUGUCGAAUCGUCGGAUACCCGUAUCAGAUGCUCAUCACCAAGCCUGUCCGUGGCCUGGGCACGGGGCUUCGUUUCGGUCGCUCCGAGCGGGGGGAAAUGGCGCUGCAGCGCGUGCGUUGCGUGGCAGAACGAGUGGCUGGCUCGAUCGCUAAGAGCAUCCCCAUUGGCUCGCUUCACCAAUCGUCGACCACCUGUGUCUGCAGUAUGAGCUCGUACACUCUUCUUCCGCCUAAUAGCUCGGCACUAAGCGACGCCGUGAUUGGAGCUGUCCUGCAGCGCUCGACCUGGAAUGCCCGUGACAGAACGUCUAAUCGCAUUGGGAACAGUGCCAUUGUUGUACAGCAGUCCAGACGUCAGACGCACCGCCACGAGCCAUACAAUAAACAAGUCAAGGGCGCCCAUGAGAGUCCCGCUAAGGUGUCAGUUGCGACGUCCCAGAAAACUGUGCUCUCGUCAUCAGUCGCCCAACUUAUCGGGCAAACUGAUUUAACUUCGGGGCGAAGACGAAUUUCAUGUCUUUCGUCCGAUCUAAAGACUGUACAGAGCAUUAUUGAAAGUAUCCAAGGGGCCGACCACUACAUCACAACGGAUUUACAACAGGCGAUAGUGACUGAAGCCUUGAAGAAGAAGAUCCGUCACCGAGAGCGCUGUCGUAUCAACCAGGCACGCUACCGACAGAGGCAGAUGCAAGUCGAAACUAGAAUUGAAGAUCAGAUCAACAAACUGAAAGCGGAGAUCAAAGACCUAGAAAGGAAGAGCACCGACACUGUUCUCCCUCCAUCAACUCCAACGAAUUGGGCGCUGGCGUCCGAGUAUUUUCGCUUGUUAAAUUGUUACAUGUCAUCACCUGGGACGCUGUACAAGAUGGCAUCCAAGUUUCUCAACGAUACGAUGGCCGCUGAUGUCAUUGAUGGUGCAACGUAUGGUCCUGAAGCGCAACUGGACAGCUGGCGAUUCUUCGCCUACUACUUUGACGAUGUUCGUGUGGAACUCAAGGGCCUGAAGACUCCAACUUCUGAUAUAUUGGUAGCUGGAACAAUCACCUCUGUAACCAUCACAGACAACACGCUUCGCCGCGCAUUCCCUCAUCUUAACAGCGAUGGUGUUGGUGGGGCUAAAGGUGGGGUGUGGUCCCCCGUAGCAGCUAAAAUGCUGAAUAAGAAGAUCUACAUGCAAGGGUCGGUAACGUUUGGCUGGGAUAGGGCCACAGAGAAAGUGACGAGCAUUUACGCGCAAGCAGACUUGGUGACACCACUGCUGAACCUGCUAGGUAGCUUAGAGGACGUGUCUUGUGCCUUCUACAAGGCACGAGUCACACCCGACUGUCGAUUUGUUAGAGGUUCUUAAAAAUAAUAAACAACAGUAGCAUUAUUUUUCGCACGGAGGUAGUAUUACGGAUUGUAUUGUAGCACAACCCGUAGUACUUCUGUCGUGCGGAAAUAAUGCACCUUGCCAAUCA